AUGUGUUGCGGAGGUGGAGGUGGAUGUGGUGGUGGAUGUGGGUCAGCCAUAGGGAACGGAUUAUAUAUUGUGGAAAAAUUGGCAUCAUUCUUCGCAUUAACAGCAGUAGUUAUAUGCCUUAUAAUAACGCUGUUUAUCAUGCUGGGCCUUGGUGUAGGCCUUGGUUACAAUUAUUGCUUCGUCGAUAUGAAAGCUGGGAAACUACCGGGUCAUUACUCUUACCCUCAUAAUCUUCGCUACCCCUACUAUAGAAGAUCUGGGGAGCAAGGACAAGAUAUGACUGUGGUUGAUAGAGCCGCCGAAAUAGAAAGACAAAAUGAUGAAUUAAGGAAACCACCGAUACGCCCUGGAUUUGACAGUAGUUUAAAGGCUCAAGGAUCAGAGCGUCCUUUAAGGCAGGAAGUCGGCAUAUUUGAUAGAGUUUCAAAUAUUUAUACAAAUCGUACGGCGGAAGAGUAUGAUUCUUUAAAAGAAGAAGAUGUUUCUAAUGAUAACGCCACUGAAGUUGAUAUCUAUGAAACACAGACUGAUAAUGUUACAGCUAGUUCUGAAGUUACUGAGUAUACUGAGACUGUCACAACUACCGAAACUGUUGAGACUGAAGGAACUACUGAGAUCGUUGAUACCACUGAUACAACUGAAACUACUGAGGGUAAAACCGAAGAUAUGUACAGUUUAGAUGAUCCCACACCAGAACCUGUAUUUCCAGAUGAGAAAAGGAGAGUUAAAAAACUAGUGAUCCCUAUAAGCGGUUUGGACUUAACAUCGGUCCUCUUGGGUCCCAUCUCUGGUGAUUUGGUGGCCCUUAAGGCGCGCAUGAACGCAACGUGCCGUGCGCUCGAGUGUGGUUCUGAUUCGGCAGUGAAACACCGUUACUCAUCGUCCACAGAUCCACCUAGACUUCCAAUGUCAAAUUAUAAGUUUGGCAUUGCCAAUCCACCUUGA